AUGUCUGAGAAAAGAAUAAAGAGUCUGUACAAGAACAGAAAGAAGAACGCAGAGGAAGAUAACUUUUAAGGAACUAUGUGACGAUGUUCGUGUUUGUUCAAUGUUCGGUGUGAAUUGUGCAAAAGCAAUGCCUUAGACAAUUACGUUAAACGUAAAAAUUUCAGUGGAAAGUAUCUUUAAUAUACUUUGACUAUAACAAACGCUGGAUACCUCGUUAUGCCUCGUAAUUGUUAAACGUCGAAGAAGAAAAAGAUAGAAGAACAAGUGAAGAGAGCAGAGAGCUACUAUUUUGUCCAAAGAAACUCGACGAAAUUUGGCGAAAUUUGGAAUAGGUGGUGAUCAUUCAAACUGCCGAAUAUGGAGACCCGAAUCACGUGGGAAGAUGCACAUGGUUUUCAGGCUAUGAAUGAAAAUAUCUGGCAGAUUUUCUGCAGAAGCCUUUAGAGGAGACCGGCAGGUCUUCCAAGCCAUAAAGGGAGACCAGAGGGGCUGGACCACAUCUCUACAGAGAGGAGGCAAUCCGUCCGUGUAUUUUGUCGAGAGGCGGGGGAAGGGGGUGUCUCUAAGGGCGGCUGCGACCAGAAAUUUCGCAGAGAUGGAGUUUCUGCAGAAUCAUCACACGGUGAACACCUCCGAACCGCCGUACACCCUUGGCACAGGUUCGGUAGGAAGUAUCGAGGCCACCAUACCUUCCGGCCUGUGCACCGGGCCUCUGGGUGUCCUAUCCAGCGAAGACACCUUAACAGAUAAUCAAAACGAAGAGACACUGGGUGCUCUACAGGGUACCCUCCGUCUGCAGGAUCUGCAAAAUUCUCCGGAAGACAUUGCUGGCGAUCAAACGCAACAGAUCCAAAACUCUGGACAAAACCAAGUGGUCAGCGAGUUUGGGGCAAGUUUCUGGGUGGACGACAUGGCUGGCUUUCCAUUGCCGCCGCUGGACUUGGAUCCUUUACCUCCUGGUCUCUUCAGUCCAUGCUCGGGGACCUACAAUUGGGGUUGCACCAGAGGAGAAUGUGCGCCAAGAACGAGCAAUACGAACGGGGAAGGUGUCGCAGAUGUAUUACUAUCGUUAAAACAUGCUGUGGUCCAUCCCGGAAGUCCUACCGGUGGAUACUACUCCACAGGAGGUUCGAGCCAUCAUUAUUCCCAGGAUUAUACACAAAAUCUUGGCCCACCUGUCCCACCUACGCAUUACGCAUCCACGCCAGCCAUGUCUGUGAACGUUUCCAUGAAUAUGACCAUGAACAUGAACAUGCACUCUGGAUACGAGCAAAGCUAUUCGUCCGCGUGGGGCGUGGAACCCCUGUUAAGUCCCGCCCAGCAAUAUAAUCCUGUGGAGCAGCAGGCAAGGGUGAAUCAACCCCCGGCCAAUAGCCUGAUCGGCACCAGUACCCAUCCACAUUCUCAUCCCUCGACGCACGGCCAUUCCAGACUGCAAUUGUCCAGUGAGCAUGCUCUGUGUGUAGGCGCCACUGGGAACCCAGUCACACCCGACGACAAUGGAAGACCUAACCUUUGCAGAAUUUGCGGCAAGUCGUAUGCGCGACCCAGCACCCUCAAAACGCAUCUUAGAACGCACUCUGGAGAGAAACCGUUUAGAUGUCACGCGUGUUCAAAGGCAUUCAGUCAAGCUGCGAAUUUAACUGCCCACGCAAGAACUCAUUCUGGAGAAAAACCAUUUCGAUGUCCAGUGUGUGAUCGAAGAUUUUCACAAAGCAGUUCCGUAACUACACAUAUGAGAACGCAUUCAGGAGAACGUCCGUAUAGAUGUCGAUUCUGCAAAAAAGCAUUCUCGGAUAGUUCUACGUUAACCAAACAUCUUCGUAUUCACUCGGGCGAGAAACCAUACCAAUGUAAGCUGUGCUUGCUGAGGUUUAGUCAAAGCGGUAAUCUCAACAGGCAUAUGAGAGUCCAUGGCGGCUCUCUAACGUGA